AAAAGCGUAGUAAAAAGUAAAAAGUACAUAAUUGUCCGCAUUUUCUCCGAUAUUUGCUCUAGUUAAAUUUUUUCCUAAUAUUUAUUAUAAUUCCUCACUUUACUAUAGAAGUUACCAAAAACGAACGAAAUGGAUAAGCUGCGUAAAAAUGCACAAGCAGAGGAUCUAUCAAACGUAGAGUUUGAGACUAGCGAAGAUGUAGAGGUGGUACCAACUUUCAAUGCUAUGAAUCUGAAGGAGGAGCUGCUGCGUGGAAUUUAUGCUUAUGGGUUCGAAAAGCCAUCGGCCAUUCAACAACGUAGUAUUAAACCUAUUGUGAAAGGUCGCGACGUCAUCGCACAGGCACAAUCCGGCACAGGAAAAACGGCCACCUUCUCAAUCUCGAUUUUGCAAAGUUUGGAUACAACAUUGCGUGAAACACAAGUAUUAUGUUUAUCGCCAACUCGUGAGUUGGCUGUCCAAAUCCAGAAAGUGAUCCUGGCGCUUGGCGAUUUCAUGAAUGUACAAUGCCAUGUGUGCAUUGGUGGCACCAACUUGGGAGAAGAUAUACGAAAAUUGGAUUACGGACAGCAUAUAGUUAGUGGUACACCGGGACGAGUAUUUGAUAUGAUUAAAAGACGUGUGCUGAGGACUAGAGCCAUUAAAAUGCUGGUACUCGAUGAAGCGGAUGAGAUGUUGAAUAAAGGUUUCAAGGAGCAAAUUUAUGAUGUAUAUCGCUAUUUACCGCCAGCAACCCAAGUUGUGUUAAUAUCUGCUACAUUGCCGCACGAAAUUCUUGAAAUGACUUCAAAAUUUAUGACAGAUCCGAUUCGUAUUCUCGUAAAACGUGAUGAAUUGACACUGGAAGGCAUUAAGCAGUUCUUCGUCGCUGUUGAGCGCGAAGAAUGGAAGUUUGAUACACUAUGCGAUCUCUAUGACACAUUAACAAUUACACAGGCCGUGAUUUUCUGCAACACUAAGCGUAAGGUGGACUGGUUGACAGAGAAAAUGCGCGAAGCGAAUUUCACUGUAAGCUCAAUGCAUGGCGAUAUGCCACAGAAAGAGCGUGACGAGAUCAUGAAAGAGUUUCGGGCUGGCCAGUCGCGUGUACUGAUCACGACAGAUGUGUGGGCGCGAGGUAUAGAUGUGCAACAAGUGUCUUUGGUAAUCAACUAUGAUCUGCCAAAUAAUCGUGAACUGUAUAUACACCGCAUUGGCCGUUCAGGUCGUUUCGGACGCAAAGGCGUCGCUAUUAAUUUUGUAAAAUCUGAUGACAUUCGCAUUCUGCGUGAUAUUGAGCAAUACUAUUCCACACAAAUUGAUGAAAUGCCAAUGAAUGUGGCAGAUUUAAUUUAAAUACUAAGAAAAGGAUGCGUAAGUAUCACAAACAUUUGUAAUACAACCAUUUAAAUUAAGGAAUUGGGCUGGGCAAAAUUCGCACACGCCUUUGAAAUAAGUUUACUUCCCAUAAUUAUCGUAUCUGAAAAUUUGAAGUAACAUUUAAAACUGUAAUUAACAUUUAAACGAAUAAAGUAUAAACGCUACUU